CAGGAAGUGCAUUUGCAGUGUAUUAGCUGCUCGUUUGACGAAGUGUGAAGUUGCGUAUCGAAACGUCGAGUGUAACGUUUCACGGUUCACCUGGCGUCAAGAAAGCAUAUAGCUGAGCCGUUUUUCUACAUCCUCACUCAUCGUCGAUUACUUAAUAUCUGAGUUCGAUUCCAAGAUUUUUGUCCCGGCACUGAGUGAGUUGUGUUUUAGUUAGCCACUUAGCCUUUCCAGCUAAUGUAGGCCAGCUAACUCGGCGAAGGAAAUUGGCAAGAAAAAUUCCUCCCAUGAUCCAAAAUAGCGUGUAAGCGGUAGUACAUAAUUACCGUUGUUUGAGUUACAACCGCCGUGAUCAGCAGAGGAAAUCAUGGGCUCUUCCAAGAAACACAAGGAAAAGAGCCGCGACAAAGACGCAGAAGAGCGCCGUCGCGAACAUAAGAAACAUCGUCACAAGGACCGAGACAGAGAUGCUUCAGAUCGGGAUGGGGCUCGGGAUAAAGAUAAACGAAAACGCUCCAGGUCUAGGGACAGAAACGGACGGGAGAGCCGUAGCAAAGGUGAAAGGAGCAGCGGAGAGCCAAGGGUGAAGAAAGAGAAAGUUGAUCUCGGAUAUGAAGAAAGCAGUUCAGAGGUGGCGCCUCAGUCUGCAAGCGGAGAUGCGUCUCUCAGCAUUGAGGAGACAAACAAACUCAGAGCUAAGUUGGGUCUGAAGCCUCUAGAGUUAAAUGAGAACAAGAAGGAGCAAGGCACCAAAGAGGAGCCAAUAGUGGCUGAGACCAUCAAUCCUGUUCUCAUCCAGCAACAGAAAGAGAUAAGAGAGAAGCUUGCAGCUUUAAAAGAAAAACGCAUCCUGAAUCAGAAACUGGGAAAAGUCAAGACCCUAGCAGGAGAUGACUGGCUGGAUGAUACACGUGCUUGGGUUGAGAGAAGCAGAAAGCUGGCAAAAGAAAAAGAAAUGGCUGAAAAAAGAGCCAAACUUCUGGAAGAGAUGGAUGAGGAGUUUGGUGUCAGCAGUCUAGUAGAGGAGGAGUUUGCACAGAGCAAAAAGGAUACCUACUCAUCUAAAGAUCUCAAGGGACUCAAAGUGCAGCACAAAGUAGAUUCCUUUACUGAGGGCCAGACUGUCAUCCUGACCCUACAAGACAAAGGUGUCCUUGAAGAGGAGGAAGAUGUGCUUGUAAAUGUGGGACUGGUGGACAAGGAAAAAGCAGAAAAGAAUGUGGAGUUAAAAAAGAAAAAGCCAGAUUACAAGCCUUAUGAAGAAGAGGAGAGCGUGGACGACAUGGUGAUGUUUAAGCCCCAGUCUGUACUCUCCAAGUACGAUGAGGAAAUUGAGGGUGAAAAGAAAAAGAGUUUCAGGUUGAAUGUAGGUGGCUUUGCUGAUGGGGAGCGAGAGCGGGAGCUUCAGGCCAUGAGAGAGGCUCUGCACGCUCAGGCACAGUCGUUGGAAAUGCCUGCUCUCACUAUUGCCUCAGAGUACUACACGCCUCAGGAAAUGGUGAGUUUUAAAAAGACAAAACGCCGUGUGAAGAAGAUCAGAAAGAAGGAGAAGCAGACUGUCGCAGAUGAACUUAUGAUGACACUUGCAGAUGACACUCGCAGCUCUGACUUUGGCUCACGGACACGCGGCCGGGGCCGCAAGGAAGGAAAUGAAGAUGGCGAGGAAGUAAAGGAGGAGGAGAGCAGACUGCCAAAUAAUGUACCACAGAUGUCUGAUGACAUCAGGACGGCAGAAAUGGACAUAAGCGACGAAGAAGACUAUACACCUCCCGAACCAGCUGCACUUGAGGAGGAUGAGGCAGAGCAGGAGCUGCAAAAACAACUGGAGAAGCAGCGGAAGCUGAAGCAAAAGCAGCUCCUUAAAGAUUCUGGGGAGAAGGUGGCAGAGCAGAUUAAAUCUCUCAGUAAAGAGGACGAUGACAAUGAUCCUGAGAAGAGGAACAACAUCGUUUUCAAUGCCACCUCAGAGUUCUGCAGAACUCUUGGUGAUAUUCCAACUUAUGGACUGUCAGGCAACAGAGAGGACCAAGAAGAAAUUAUGGACUUUGAACAGGAGGAAGAGAAAGAUGAUGCUGGAGAUUCAGACUCAGAGAUGGAUGAGAAUGUUGGAUGGAGCACAGUUAACCUGGAUGAAGAGCAGAAACAACCAGAUUUCUCCACAGCCUCUGCUACCAUUUUAGAUGAAGAGCCCAUUGUCAACUCUGGCCUUGCUGCUGCCUUGAUGUUGUGCAAAAACAAAGGUCUACUGGACACUCAAAUGCAGAAGGUAGCCCGUGUCAGGGCACCAAAGGGCGCCUUGCCCAAUGACAACUACUGUAUUGAGGACAAGAUGGGCUUUGAUGACAAGUACAGUCGCAGAGAAGAAUACAGAGGCUUCACUCAAGAGUUCAAGGAGAAGGAUAGUUAUAAGCCUGACGUCAAGAUUGAGUAUGUGGAUGAAUCGGGGCGGAAACUUACUCCAAAAGAAGCCUUCAGGCAGCUUUCCCAUCGGUUCCAUGGAAAAGGGUCUGGAAAGAUGAAGACGGAGAAGAGGAUGAAAAAGUUUGAGGAAGAGGCACUGCUGAAGAAGAUGAGUAGCAGUGAUACUCCUCUAGGGACGGUGGCUUUGCUUCAAGAGAAGCAGAAAUCCCAGAAAACACCAUAUAUUGUGCUUAGUGGGAGCGGGAAAAGUAUGAAUGCAAACACCAUCACCAAAUAAGUUUGGGGGAAGUGAAUUAUCUUAAACACGAACAUUCACCGACACAUGCACCCACAUAUACAUACACACAGGAUGUUUUAAGUAGAGUAACUGCUCUUUUUUCAUGCUUAAUUCAAACAAUCUUAAUUGUUGUAGUAAAGAAUUGUUCAAUAAAACCAAUAUCAAUGAGAAA